UAUUUCUCCAAAUGAAUGCAAAACCACAAUCGAUACUCCAACACUCACAUGAAGCAUUGAAUGGAUAAUUCAGAAAUGAAUAUACGGAUAACCAAAAUUGGAACUAAUAUUAUGAAAACUUGGUCAUUCACAAUGUUUCAAAAUACUCUUUACAUUUUAGGGUACACCUAUCUAUUGGGCGAUGAAAUCAGAGCCAAUUAUAUUAUUAAUUCAUGGAGCGGGACAUUGUGCAAUGACCUUUGCAUUGCUGGUACAAGAACUCAAAACCUUUUGCAGUUGUUUCUCAUAUGAUAUUAUUUCUCAUGGCUUAUCUUAGAGAAAGGAAGCUCUCACAAUGAAGAAUUUGUUAUCAGAAUGCGAGGCAGUGAUUGAAUUCAUCAGGAUCAAGUGUCCUAACACCAAUAUACUAUUGCUUGGCCAUAGUUUGGGUGCAGCCAUAGCAUCUAAAAUUAAACAUUAAUCAUAUAUACGAGGGUUGAUCGUAAUUGACAUGAUUGAAAGUAAGGCCUUUGAAAGCAUCCAAAUAAUGGACGAUCAAUUAAGAAAAAGGCCUAGUCUAUUCAGUUCGUAUUCGAGUGCCAUAAAUUAUCAUUUAUAUAAUAAUUUAAUACGGAACCCCACUUCAGCUUAAAUAACAGUUCCUCAUUACUUAAAUGACAAAUUGGAAUGGAAGGUAGAUCUAAUAGGAACAAAACAAUAUUGGGAAUAAUGGUUUGAAGGAAUCUAAAAUGGAUUCGACACCUUCCCUUAUUAAAAAAUGCUGUUCAUUGCUGAAAGUGACAGGAUACCUGCAGAAUAGUUUCUCAAAUCGAGAUAUCCAAUCCAUUUGUUUGAAAAGUCGGGACACAAUAUUCACGAGGACGAACCUGUUAGAAUGGCCAAGCACAUUUCUGAUUUUCUCUAUCAACAGAGAGUGCCAAUAAAUUCGUCUGAAACAGAGAAACUCAAACAAUUGGGGAUAAUUGGCUUUAGACCCAAAGUAUUGUCAUAUAAGAUUGAAUUAAAAGAUAUCAUUUGA